AUGAUCGUUGCCACUUCUUCCACCACCUCGCCCAUUAGCAAUACUUCGUUUGUGGGCCGCAAAAUUGCUACAAUGGCUCAUAUUCACGCCGUCCAUAACAUUUGCAUUGGUGGAUGGCAGCGUGGUGAGCGCACUGUCAUACUCCAGUACAACAUUCAAGAGCUUUUUGGCGAGCUGCUUCUUCAGUACUUCAAGCGUAACCUGAGCGAACAAGUCGGUGGGCCUGUCGUCUUCACCUUCUUCAAUGCUGGACCCCGUGUUCAUACAGCUGUCACAAUGCCGGAGAUCAAUCUUGCUCAGACUCUCUCUGCCCCUAACACUACUGCGGAAGUCCCUCGUGUCGAGGCUUCGGGUGGCACCGUCGCAAAGAGGGCACCUCGUCCCAUGAACUGCUGGAUCAUCUUCAGGGAUGCCAUGCACAAGAAGCUCAAGUCGGAGAAUCCGUCUCUCACUGUACAGCAGAUAUCGACUCGUUGCUCCGAGAUCUGGCACGCUUUCUCUCCCGACGAGAAGAAGGUCUGGCAGACUGCUGCCAAGAAUGCGAAGGAGGAGCACUCUCGCCAGCACCCUGAUUACAAGUAUAGCCCUCGCAAGCCUGGUGAGAAGAAGAAGCGCCAGUCGCGCAAGGCCAAGCAAUGCAAGUAUGCGGCAGCUUCUACAGUCAACACCGAGUUCUUUGAUGUGCAGAUGACCCCAGACUCCAGUAUGAUGCAAUCUCAGAUGCCGCUGCCUGAAUUGCGGCGCAACUACAGCAUUCCAGCGACCACUCACCAUGGCGACAUGGCCCACUCUUUCGUUAAUGAGACUGUUGACUUCAACGCGACUGUUGACUUCAAUGGCGCUGAUGACUUCAAUGGCGCUGAUGACUUCAACGGCUCUGUCGACUUCAAUUGCUCUGGCAACUUCAAUGAGCCGGCCGAGUUCAACAGUAACAUUCCUAAGGAGCCGUUCGCCAUCAACGAAUUCCACGAUGCUGAAGCUCUUCGUCAUGCCCUUCUUUCAUAUGAAUUCGGAGGUGAAGUUGAAGCCGAAGCCGAAGCAUUCCAUCAGCUCGAUGUCGCCGAAGACGUAACCGACACAUUUCUUCAGUUCGAUGAGCUUGAGGAAGGCGACAAGAUAACUUCUCAGCUCGAUACUUUCGAUAAUGACUUUCUCACAUUCCGUGACGGCGCUGAUGGCAAUGCCACCAUGUCACUUUUCACUAGCGAUCUCUUGUGA